AUGUUUAGGAAAUAAUCAGCAAAAAAAGUUAGUGAUAUAAAAACACCUGGCACUCCUGUUACACCUACACCCUAUUUAAUAAAACUUGAUGAUGCUGUUUAAACAAUAAAGCAAUUCAAAUUGCUUUGCAGUGAUAGUGAAUCAGGAGAGAGAGAAAAAAUUAAGGCAGCUCGAAUUGUUUAUAAACUGCACAUGUAAUCUAAAAUGGACAAAUAAAAAAAUGCAAAAGAUCAGCUUUAAUUUAGCAUGACUGACUUAAUUAAUAAGUAUUCUAAUAAAAUAUCAUUAAAAAAGAGGAAUAGUAUCACUAGACAGAAAAGAGCUAGCCCAAUCAGUAAGAAAGAUAGCACAAUUAGAGCAAAUAAGAAGAAUACUACUUUAUAACUAUACCCAACAAGUGAGAUGAAUCUAAAAUAAUACAAUAUCAAGAAAAAUCAAAAUGAAGAUAUCUAAUCUGUUAGUAAUUAAUACCAUUUGGGUCAAACUUAGAUUCAACUUACUAUAGAUACUACAAGCCUCAAGAAUUAAUAAACUUAAGCAUAGUCCUCCCUAAAGCAAUAUAAUUAAGCCUUUAGUGGAAGUAAUGAAUAUGAUAAAGCUUCAACAUUCACUUCCAAAAAGUAUAGCGUAAGCAGUAGUUAUAAGUAAUAAUAGCAGUAGUAAUUGAGAAUUUAAAAUGCUUCUAGAAAUGAUUCUGCUAGAGAAAGCACUUCAAAUCUAAGGGGUAGCAAUUUGGAAAAACAAAGCAAUGGAACUAAAAUGGUCACUUUUGAAGGCCAAAAAAAUUACUCAAGUAAUCGGCCUUCAUUUGCUUUUUCUAGAGAAGAAAGGUCUCGGUCAGUAAGAAGACCAAGCCCCAACACUCAAGUAAAUAACAAGAAUUCCCUGUUUGUAAGUCCGAUAUCCCCUCUAGAAAUUGUUAAAAAUAAAAUACUUCGGAUGAGAGCCAAAAAAGAUUCUAAGAAAAAGAUUAUCAAAUAUGAUAGAGAGAAUAGUCAUGAAUUCUUGAAUAUUAUAUAAAAUAAAAUAAAAGAGUAGAAUAGUCAUACACUCGACUAGUCUCUUCGAUUUAAGUCUCUGCUUUAAAAGAAAAGGUAUGUCAGAAACAUAAAAUUAGACACUAGCACUAUGUGUUUAAAUUCUAAUAAUGCAUCUUUGAUGAUAAGCCCUACAAACUCAGUAUUCAUAAAUUAAAAACUAAACAAGACCUUAUUUAUGGAUAAAUCCUUUGACUAGUAAAAAGAUAAAAAUUCUCAACAAAGAUCAAUAUCUCCGAAUAGGUCAAGCUAUAUGGCCAAGAUUAAUUAUGAUUUGAGUUAGAGAAAAAUAAGAACGAUAAGGGUUAGAUCAGAAAGGGUUUCACAGGACCAAAUGAUGCAAAUGCAGCAAAAAAAUAUUCAGAUGAUCAGUAAUGAUAUUUUAAAGCAAAAUGUAAUUUUCAAUAUGAGCAAUAAAUAAACUGGCAAUAAUUUUGGAAUGAAUACAAUCCAGAAUAAGACUAUGACUCCAAUAAAUAAAAAUAGAAGAUAUUCGAAAUAAGGUCAAGAUUCCACUCCAAAAUAAUUUUUCCCUUAAAAAAUAGAAAAUGAUAUAGAAAUUAUUGAUGCUUAAUUAGAUUCAGCUAUUGAUUUAAAUAGUCAAAAGAAUUUGACUCCAUUAUCUUCAGAUGCAAAUAUAAAGAAGGAUGCUACCUCCUAAGUCUAAAAGAAGAUAGUAUUCUCGAACAUAAAUGAUUUCAGUAAUUUAAACAGAGGAUUAUCUGUAAAGCCGAAUCCCCAAUCUGAGAAUACCUAAAGUAAUUUGGAAUCAGAAGAAUAAUUGCUGCUUCAUUCAGAAAAUAAAUUAAAACUACAAAAAGAAAUUUAAGCAUUUGUACUAAGAGUAUCUUAAAAUCAAGCUAAUUCAACAAGUGAUCUCUAGAAGGUCUCAUAAAAGAAUGAGGAUAAGCUAUCUGAAAAGAAAAUGAAGGAUGAAAGCACUACUACAUAGCCAUACUCAGCUUUCUAGACAAACACUUAACUUUUAAGUCAAUAUAAUUUCUCAGUUUCAGAUAUCAAUCAAAGAUAAAACAACCCCGACAUAGUGUAAUAACUUGAUAGAUGUAAUGUAGACCAAAUGGGAAAGCUUUAGGAUCAAAGAAUGAAGCAGCAUUAGUAAUAAUAAAAUAUGCUGAGUAUGAAGUAUUAGCCAGACAGAAGAGUUAUUUUCUCUGCACAGUAGCAGAUGAGGCCAAGAGUAAAUCCAUCCGAUAAUUUCAUGAAUCUGAGCAAUAAUGAAAUGAAGAAAUGGAGAAUGGAGAGCAAUUAAAUGCUCAAGAAUGUAGUAAGAAACUACACAAGCUAGAGAGAUAGAAAGGGUUAAAGACAAUUUUUCACAUCAGUCUAUUGA